AAUAUGAGUGUGUAUGCAUUUUCAAGGCGGUCUUUCUGUUGCAAGAAGAAGAAGAAAAAAACACACAGAACAGGAAAACGAAUAGGUCGUAGCUGCUGAUGAAGGAAUGCAAUUCUUGGUGACGGGAAACAGGCGUGUGUAUGCGGUAUAGAGGAGGCUAGCGAGAUGUUUAGUUGGAGAUAUAGGUGGAAUAGGUGAAAGAGGGAGAGAGAGAGAAGAGGGAACAAGAGAGGGGGCGGGGGUGUGUGGACCUCACUGGCUACGGGACCCACAGGCACCCCGAUUGUGCUCAUCAUUUCUGGAGGUGAGGACAAAAGAAAAAAAGGAGCUAAUCGGAAUAAAAAGGGCCGGGGAUCCGAGCGUCGUGACGGGGCCCCCCUCCCCGACUCCGGUUGUCUGGACGGGAAAAGGGUGAGGGGAAAGCGGCGGAGAGAGUCGACUCAACACCGGGGUUUCCUGCCACAGAUUGUCACAAAACGAGGGGCCUUGUAUUGCUACGUUUUCAGGAUUAUGAAGGCUUCUGGUCAGCAGCUCCCGGUGAAACCGAACUUCUCUGCAUGGGAAUACUGAAGAGAGAACAGAAAAACUGGAGCUUGAAUUGACUGAACCUGAAGUGGAAUAAAUGGAUUAUCCUCCUUUUGGAAAAUUGUUGCCUUGGAACUAGGUAGAGUUGAAUAAUGGUUGACAGAAAGAAACAAAGGUAAGGCAGUUACAUGCUGAAGAUACAGGAGAGAACCAAGAAGAAUCUGAAUCAAGGAAAGAACAAAUACUAAAUAGGGACCAAAGACUUAAAAAAAAAACUGUAUUCGAAGGGAAUGACCAAGACAAAGAACAUCGCAAAUAGUAUUACACUCCAAGAGCCGAUGAGAAUAUCGAUGGAGUGUUUGCCUCUGAGAGUGUUUAAUGAGGGUCUGUAUUCAGACCUCCUGAUUCGUGCAGUUUUGGUCUCACGCAGGUGUGAGGCAGAUCGUGGCAAACAUAUUGAUGAACUGAAGGAUUGUUGUGACAGAAAACAUUCUCAAUGGUUUUAUUGAGUUUUUUUUUUCAAUUUUGCACAAGUUGCUUUUGGACCACGACACAAUUCAAUCCUUAAAAUAGCUCUGUUUGCUUGAGCUGCUCGAAUAAAGUUGAGCAUAUACAUGUAAAGACAUUUGAACAUAUCACAUGGUGGUGUGUCAUGUGUUCAUGAUAUUAUUGCCUGCUCAGUGCCAAACGCUUCAGCUCCAGUUAAAAUCUUAUUCUGCAGUAGAAGCCCGCUUCACUACAUAUCUUUUCCCUUUUUUUUAAGUCCCAUUUUUUAAGACCUAGCUGUUUUAAAAAAAAAGUGAACUCAACCAUAACAUUUUCACAUUGAAGAAGACUUUUACCAUUUGGCCUUUUCACAUAUUGACAAAAUCAACCCGACCAACUUUCUGCUACAAGAAAGGGAAAAUCUGCGAUAUAUAUUUUCCUCAGCUUGAACUCUUUGCUUGUUCAAAGCAUUUCCUUGUUUUACUGCCAGGCCAUAGACUCUCUCUUUGUCAUUUAUGGUCACUGCCUUCAGAAGCAUUCCCUGGUAUAGACACUGACCGAUAUUUCCAUUUCUAAUCCAAACAAAACAAUGCAGAAUUUUUCUAACAGCCCGGCUCCCCCCUCUGUCCCCUCGGGGUUCAGUGGGAGGGGUGCAGGGGGAACUCCCUAUCCCCCUCAGCCAGCAGACCCCCAGAUCUCCCCCAGGAUGACGGAUGAUUACGCGGGGAUGCAACAGCAGAGCCUGCACAGAGGCCAUCACCACCCCAGCCAGGCUAGCCACAUGCUAGCUUACAGUGCUAGAAGCAGAGGGGCUGUCGAGGCGCCGCCACCACAGGGUAGCAUUCACAACACUAACAACCCUUACAGGAAGGAGGCCAUGGAUUAUUAUUUUGCAAUGGGUGGAAAGGACAGGCACCGAAGAGGGGGGAUGGCUUAUGGGGCAGGAUUUGGAUAUCCUAAUAUCGAUGGACAUAUACCUCACCAGUACCGACAUGCUGGGUCUGGCUCUGCAGCAGUGUCUGGGCUGAUGUCACCGUACCCAGUAGAUUAUGGAUCCAGUGCUGGUCCUGGUGGAGGUGCUGGUGCCGGAGCAUUUUCUCCCUCUCAUCAGUAUAAUAUGAGUCAGAACGCUGCAAUGCAGGCAGUGCCCGGAUCUCAGAUGCAGCAACGCCAACUUGGACAAACCUUCCCGACUGUCCACCACGGGCAGCAGCAGCAGCAGCAUCGGAGCUACCCCCACUCCGGGCACAGGAUGACCCCCCAGUACCCACACUACUCUCCACAGGGUGGGUUAUCCACAGCAGCGUCGUCAGGAAUGUACAGCCCGCCUCCGCAGAGGUAUCUCGACGGGGCUGCAAGUGCCGGGUUCGAUCCCAAAGUCAACAGUUCGCCUGGCCUCAACGCCAAUUCAAACUCAAUCUCCGGGGCAGUUGCUGCUAACAACGUGGGGCAGAUGGAGAGCAUUCAACAGAGUUACCAUGCUGCGAAUUAUCCCGGAUAUUCCCCACAGACACUUUCACUUCACAAGCAAGCCACACUACAGCACCGCAACUCACAGCACAAUUUAGGAGUAGGUUAUGACAACUCGCUCAAGAUGCAGCACCAGGGCCCGUCUCCAGGCUCUGUUUACGCUAAACAUCAUCAUGCCUCCAAUCCCAGUAUACCUCAAGCAGCAUCUCAAGAAAUAGCCAAAUCCCCAAUGCAUCCCAAUGCUCAACAAACCCAAAUUAACCAAAACUUCAGCCCAAUUUCGAACCCGUCACCAGCUGCCUCUGCAGUACAUUCCCCCAGUUGUAGCUCCUCUCCUUCCCCUUUGAUGGGUGUCUCAGAUGUUCAUGGCCACCCCUCAGGUCACGGCCCUUCGCAUCCUCCUACAUCAAACCCCCGUAGCAGCCAUGGUCAUGGUAGAUUACUGCAGACCAUGCCACAGUUGAGUCCCACGCCCAACUCCAACAGCAGCAUCAGUAGUUGUGGUAGCAGUGGCAGUCAUAAAGCUCACAGUUUGAGUGUUGGAGGGAGUAGCCUUCCUCCAACAGGCCGCAACAAAUUAGGUCUCGGCCCAGGAAUGGGAUCUCGAGAGGAGGGCGCCUCUAUUUAUUCAUCCUCCCCACUUGACAAACUGCAGGAUUCUGCCCUGAAUAGUCUUAAUGCCUUGAGUUCACAAGUAGCCAAUUUACCAAACACAGUUCAGCACAUGCUCCUCACCGACUCAAUGCUUUCGCAGAAGAAGGGGAAAGACACCGGGCAUAUUCAACAGGCACCAUCGCAACCGAGGAGUCGAAAUGCAAGCGCAGCCUCGAGCACGAGCACGGUUAAAGAUGGAAGUGCGCUGGGGAUCGGGGAUGGUGUCGGCUUAGAUGCUGGUGCUGAUGAAGACUCCUCAUUGAUGUCGGCUGGAGGCUCGACUCGGACCAAGGUGGAGCGUGAGGAGCAGUUUUCUGAGGGGGAACAUGGAAGAAUAAGGCAGAUGAGCGGCGCAAGCAGUGGAUCUGAACCCACUGGUUAUCGACCUCCCUCACAGAGUCAUACUGGGCAAGCAUCAGCUGUAAAAACCUCAGAUUUGCGGUCAAAAGAACCAAAUGUGUCUAAAACAAAAGCAAAUGAAGCUCCUUCUUCAUUAGCAUCUCCCUCCUUUGGAUGUCAGUCAUCAGAGACCGGCCACACUUCACGUUCAACACCUCAAGUUUCCCCACCCCCCUCCUCUAAUAUUCCUCCCCAGCAGCCAAAUAGUGUCUCAGAGCCUGGUCUAAGAUAUAAUGACCACAGAGGUGGCCAUAGGAAGACACCAGAGAUAAAUAAUGAAGUCAUCAAAAAUGAAAGUGAAGUUGAAAAAACAGGAAGGGGCAGAAGCCAAAGGCAGCGAGAUGGAGGAGUCAAUCCACAAAACUGUCAGGACAAAGAAGAGAGUUUGCACACUGCAUCCAGAUUACACAAUAAUGAGAGGGGAGAAAAGCUCCAGUCGGAGGAACAGCAGAGUGUUGGUGUGAUUGUUUCAGCGCGGUCCGAGGGAAGUCAAGCUGAAAAAAGCAAGGACAACUGUUUAGAAGAAAAACCGUGUAAAAGAGAAAGCAGUCACAACGGGGAGGAAGGUGUGGAUCUGAGUUUAUAUUCCCAGAAAUCUAAUUUUGGACGGCCUCAAAACCCUCCCCAAUCUGGACCGAAUAAAUACGGCUAUCCAGAAUCAACAUAUGGCUCCGAUUUAUCAAUGAAAAACAGAGGGCGGGCUGGCCCAGCAGAAUCAAAUUCCAGAUAUUUAGGGUACCAGCAAUCACAAGCUGGUUAUGGCUCUAAAGAUGCUGGUCCUGCAGCAGAGGCUUUGGUAAAGAGAGGACAAGGAGCUAAAGGUCACGAAGAUAAUUCCCAGCCAUUUCCAAGCCUCUUACAAGAGGUUCUUCAAGGCUACAAUUUAGAUAGACGUUAUGGCAGACCAGAGCAGGCAUUUCCUGCCCAUCUCCAAGCUCAACAACAGUUUCAAAGCAGAAACCCGUAUGGAGAAGCUGAAGCUUUGGGUCACUCUGGACAAAUGGGGAGUUCUGGAAAGCCCCCACAUGCAAACCAGAGGCAUGGGAAUGAGCCAGAAUUUUCCACAGCUGCUCAUUUGUCAGUGAAGUCAGAAGUGGCUAUUACUAAGAUAUCGCAAAAUGCUCAGAAAUCUGAAGUGGGUGGGUCCCAGAGCCAUUUAACACAGGCUGCAGAGUCUGAGCAGCCCCCGACAAAACACAUCAACUUAGCAGACUAUUCUCUCCCACAGAGAAAAGCCUUAUCUAACGUUUCCACGCCGUCCUCCGCUGUGCAGGAACUCCUUUUGCAAGAGCCAGAGCCGCUAACAGGCAACAUUGGUCAAGCUGAGUCUCAGAAAUCAUCCAUAUUAGCCCCAUCAGAGCGGCGCUCCGUCAUUUGUGAUGUGUCGCCAAACAGACGCAGUACACCAGAGAGGGAAAUUGAAAGGGAAAGAGAGAAAAGUCAGAGUGUGAUUCAACAGCCAUUUUCCUCCCCAGCAGCAGCCAAUGAUCUGAGCAGAAAAGAUAUUGGGGAGAAACAAGUGGUCAAAAUGGAAACGGUAUCGAAAGAAAGUGAUCAUCAUGGUGGAGCUAAUGAGGCUGAUCUAGAGUAUCAUUCCAAGUCCGUUCAUUCAUCUGUUGUAAUGAAUGCUGACCCCUAUAGGCGAGGCAAUGUUGAUAUAACACCCUUGUCUUCUCAUCCGUCGAACACUAACCCUUUAUCUUCACCCCCGAGGCAUCAGUCCUAUCUUCACGGUGUCGAUUUAUCAACUGGCAGCGGUGGCAGUUUUUCCGGAUAUCGAUUUGGAGACGCAAGAGAAGGGAAUAUGAUGCCACGCAGUAACCCCCAUUUUCCUUCCCACCAUCCAUACCACAAUUUAUCCCCUCAAUCUGCAAAUAAGAUUCAAAUGUAUCCCCACCCCCGCGGCCCCCCUCAUCACCCCCACGACAUGAAUGACUGGGUAAAAGCGAUGAACAGGCCGUCAAAGGAGAUGAUGAUGCAGCCCGGUUUGUCUCCAGGAAGACAUAAGGGCGGCCAAUCAGAACAGAGGCAGAGAAUCUUACAAAGUGAAAUGCCGGGUGAACAACUUGGGAGCAAAACUUCUCUCCGUCAACAGAGCGCUUUCUUUGAUUUGAAAAUGUGGGAGUCGACACACUCUGGAAGAGAAGGCGCUAGAAUAAAGGAGGGAGAUUCCUUUUACAGAACACAGCCUCCCCCCCUUCCUCCUCCUGUAGCUUCACACAUCCCUGUUCCUCCCCAAAAUGCAGCUGAACCUGAGUUUCCCAAACAUCCCCUCCCACCUCCUCCCACUAAGCCUCCUGCAGAAUUGAACUCCACUCCACAGCGUCCGACUAAAGCUGGCAGUUCUGGAGACACAAAUGCGCUGAUGUUGCGAAGACGAGUUCGUUCUUUUAUCUCCCCUAUUCCCGCCAAAAGGCAACUCCAGGAAGCCUCCCAGCAAAGGGCUGCCACAAAUUCUCACCACUCCCCCGGGGCUCAGUCUGAGUCAAGCCAUCACAAUGAAGACGACUCAUCCAGUUCAGAUAUCCCAUGUCCCAGGCUUUCUUCCCCUUUGUCUGGAGAAAACACAUAUUCACAACCUUUAUCUCCAACGAGUGGAAACACCAAGGCUUUGACCCACAGGAAAGGACGAGGUUUGAAGCUGGAGGCGAUAGUGCAGAAAAUCACACCAAAUAUUAGAAAGCCGGCAGGCCACGUUGAUGACGAGUCAAAUCAUUACCCAGGUUUCCCUCACUCCGAAAUACCUUCGUAUAAUGACUCGCAGGACCAAGAUUUGACACAUUUCCCCAGGGUUUCCGCUGGCGAUGAUAGUUACAUGGAUGAAAGUCACUCAUUAAAUGAUAUGAUUCCCUUCAGAGGGAUUGAUGAGGCUGGUCCUUUACCUCCGACUGCCUACCCAUGUGACCCCCAUCACACGUCCCAAACCAUAAAACAAGACUUUGACUUUGGAUUAGGAUCCGCCGUGGCGUCAGGGUCUGGCGACAAGGAGGAUUUUGCUUUGCUCGGACCUUUACCCCCUCCUCCGCCUCUUCUUCGCCCAGUCCAGGAUUCCCCCCCUCCGUCUUCAUCCGCUCUGUCAGACAUUCAACAUUUCACCAACACUUACCAGCAGCUUGAAACCAGAAGAGGAGAGCAGUCUGCUGAUAACCUCUUGCGACAGAAACUUCAAGAAUCUGGCAUUGGGUUUGACGAUUAUCCCAGGAGCGAUUACUACGGAUCCACCUCUCCCCACCAUGGCCAAGGACACAUGAAUAGGCAUCAGGUGUCCUCUUCUAGGUCUAGUAUGUCGCCACAAGACUCUAAGCACUCGGACAGUUCUGUGCCCAAAGGCUAUUUCCCAUCUGGCAAGAAGAAGGGCAGGCCCGUGGGGAGUGUGAAUAAACAAAAACGAGCCCAGGGUCAAGGCCAAUCACCAGUGCAAAGCCAGCCCCAAACCCAGGGUCAAAGCACUUCUCCAAGUGCUACUCUGGCCACUCCAACUACAACUCCAGCUACAUCACCACCACAUGGUCAGACCACCUGCAGCUCACCCCCAUCUCCUGAAGAUCCCCUUCUUGCAGACGAUGAUACUGCUCCCCCGCUGACCCCGCCGGUUUUAACCCAGAUAGUGAAAGUGGAUGUAGAGAGCGAGGAAACGCAGCCGGUGGUCGAGGUCAAACCUGUACGCCAGCGACGAAGAGGCGUGAAAAAUGAAGACGGGUCGCUGGAAGCAAGAGGUCGACAGAGGAGGAGGAGGAGGGUGGCGGCACCAACGGCAGCAUCGAGGGCUAAAGAAGACCCAGAUACACCUUCAGGGGGAGGAGGGAGCCCCAACACAAGUGGAGAUUCAAAUAGAAAGGGCCCGUUUAUCCCACACAUACAUGUGGAGAACAAAGUACCAGAGAUUGGGGCAGUGUGCACCAUUGUAAACGGCGAGGAAGAGAAAAUGAAAGCCGGGGGGAAAGCGAGCGGGAGUGGAAUUGAUUGUCUACUGACCCCCGCUUCCUCCCAGUCGUCUAAGAGAGACAAAGAAGCAGAGGAAAGGGAUUCAGACGAUGAGGAAACUACACUUCAGUCGGGAAAAGCUCUCCCUUCGUCCGACCAUGUUGUUUCAGGCCCGGUGAUCACAGAGACCAAUCACUCGGGCCGCCUGCUCUGCUGCCUGUGUCAAAAAUGGGCAAAUUACAAACACCUCGGUGAUCUCUACGGACCUUUCUAUCCGGCUGAAUACGCCGCAAGACUCUCCAAGAACCAGCCUCAACUCCGACAAUGUCAAGCGGCCACGGGUGCAAACAAAACGGGACCAAACUUGGACAUGGACUCAAAUUCUUCGAACAUAAUUCAAGAAAUGCAAACACAAGAGGCUCAGUUCACCAAGCCCCCAGCUGAGAGCCACUACAACAUCAACCUAGAGUCAAACCCAAUACCUCUCAUUAAAACAGUCAGAACUGCCCCGCCAAGAGAGGAAAUGAUGAUGCACAUGACUGGCCAGUUCAAUACCACCCCUUCCUCUUCCUCCUGUUCCUUCUCCUCCACUUCCUCCUACAUCAGUAAAACAACAUCUCUAACAUGGGACAUGAAUCUAGACAUCCGGCCUAUCCCUACACUUAAGAGAGAGCCAGACUUCGAGAUGGACCAACAGCAACAACCACAGCCACCGCAAAUCCAGCAACAACAGCCGAUGGACGACGCUCAACAGCGACCUCAACACAGAAAGCUGACCUCGCAUCCUCGCUUUAAAAGGAGGCACAAAUCCAGUGAGGAUUCCCCCAGAAUGGUGCCAUCCAACAGCAAGGCGUCCCUUCCUUUCCAGCCUCCUCCCCCAGCUUUGGAUUCUUUAGGGCCCUUGGCACAACUGGCCCAGCUGCCUCAGAUGCCCAUGGACCCCGAGGAGCUGUGGGUGCACGAGGGAUGCAUCGUGUGGACCAGUGGAGUGUAUCUUGUCAAUGGGAGACUGUACGGCCUGCAGGAGGCACUAGAUGGUGCCAGAGAAACAUGCUGCUCGUACUGUGACAUGGUCGGAUCGACCCUGGGCUGCUACAGUAAAGGCUGCACACUUCGCUACCAUUACCUGUGUGCUAUUGAAGCAGAUUGUUCUCUGAACGAAGAUAACUUCUCACUGCGGUGUCCGAAGCACAAGGUAAAGAAAGAGAGUUUACUCAGAGCAUUCGGCCACCCAAGUCAGUUUACCUGGAGCAGUCAGAGAGAGGCUGAGAGAAACGCAGAAGAAGGAGAGAUACAGGAGUCAUGGAGCUGUUAGUUUUGGACCGUAGAAGACAGAGAAGAUGAGACCCGAAAUGUGAACAGGACUGGCAAUCCGUGACGGAGAACAACGUAAAAAAGGGAAUGUACAAUUUUCUCAACGGGAAUCAGCAUUAUUUACACUUAAAGACAAUGGAGAAAAGAUUUUGUUGCUCUUUACUUUAAACGCAGAAAAAACGACAGACGUGCAACAUAGAGGAACGGAGUACAAGAAAACAAAAAACGACAAAGCGGAAUAAAAAACGAGACGUCGAGACCGAUGUAGGAACUAAAGGAACUUUUCCGUAGAGAACAAAAGAAACAAACUUCCUCUCUAGGCUUUACUUUGAUUUUCCUCUGACACCCUCAAAGUCUAAAAGUCUUUAUAAUCAUCUGUAUUAUCAUUUAUCUGUUUGUUUUUUGUUCAAUUGUUGCCUUAAAGAGGCGUAUUGGGAGCAAGGAAAGGAGAGCAUUUAGUAUCCUCUCACAAGUAGUAUCUUAUGUUACGAUAUUAAUGAUAUAUUUUAGUCCUCAUUUAUUAUUUUUGUAUUCUCAUCAGUAUUUACUCAUGAAAUGAAAUGGAUGUAUCUCACUUUAUAUUCAUGACUUGGAUUAAUUUCUUUUUUAUUUUCCAUUCAUUCCUGGAGAGGGAGGAGUGAUGUUGUCGGGAAUGUCAGGGUCGAGUUUUGCCACAAAGACAUUAUUGCCUUGGAGAACGGACAUCUGUUGCCUUUCAAAAGUCACGUGAAUGAAUGAGAAAUUAGUGUGUGUGAGAGCGUGAGUGUGUGUGUGAAAGAAACCGAAAAAAAUGCCAAUAUCUUGGGUCUUUGAUUCCAUUUUUGGUCCUUUUUGAAAAGUGUUCUUAUUUUUCAUCACUUGGGGUUUUUACGGUACAGAUAGUAUUCAUGGAGAAUCCGAUGGAACAAUCUUAUUUUUCAAAAUACACAAAAAGGAGGACAGAGCCUUUCAAGAGGAGAUGAUAACACUAUGGACUAAUGCGUGUCCGCCAUCUUUAAAAGGAAAAAGAUCAACAGGACAUGGAAGAGUUUUCAUCGCGUGUGAAACGGUGUACUGGUUGCACGUAGGAAGUUAUGAAAACAUUUUUGGAACUGGAAACUUCGGAGACGUUGUCAUAUAUGAACGCUGUGACCGAUCAAUGGGGAGUAAGCCUUACCAAGUACUUAUGAAUGGUUUAAUUCAUAGUGAAAUCGCAGCGAUAUUUGAUCGGGAGAUGCAAAAUCCAUUCAAAAGAAGCAUUGCCAUAAAAUUUUAAAAAGUGCGUCGUACAUGGUGUUGUGUCUUUAUCAUUUUGUAUUGUUAUUCUUGUAAAAAAAAAAAAGACAGUUAUCAAAACCAUGCUGUAUUAGAAACCUGUCAAUAUGUAUAUGAAUUAUGAAUACACUUAAAAAAUGCUUCAAGUACACUCUCUUCUUAUUUCAGAAACCUAUUUUUGUCACUUUUGUUGCACAUAAAAAAAACACCUGUUUCAGUUUCUUAA